AUGACUUCAAAUAUCCCCGAUGAAGCUCUUCACAUCCGUGGCAAGACUUUAACCCCCGAAAGUCCACGGCCUCUCUAUAUAUCCGAACCUUCUCAUAUCCCUUUACUCCAGAAUCAGAUGGACCCGGCCUUCGGCGAGUCGGGUGCAUAUCAGGAGCUGUUUAGCGAGAAAACGCCCUCUUCUUCAGACACCGAGCACGGUGGCAUCAUGAGUGAGCAGGUCCACCUUGCGAGUCAUACUUACACUAUGCUGCAUCGUGCUGUUGGAGGUUCAGGGUCAAAUGCUGUAGGAGAUCAAGGCGAAGUUAGUUUUCCGGAAUCAAUACAGACGGGUUAUCACAGAACAGAAACAGGAAAUGAAUCGACUUUCUCCGCUGCUCAUAGACCGGCUUCCUCGAGUCAAUCUGCAACUCACGUUAGUGAAACCUCCACUGAUGAACUGAACCAUAAGCGGGCCGUUCAUACUGCCACUGCCACUGCCACCUCUACCUCUACCAUACCUAAAACCUCCCCCCAUUUAGAUCACCUAAUCCUGUCCGAAAAUUACCCAUCUAAACCCUACCCACCCUCAACACUCCCAGGAGCCGAUUAUGUGUCGAACCUGAAAAAGAGAGACUUCAAUAAUAAUACCGUUGAACAUACCCCAACUCUAAGUGGUCGCCAUGGUAGAAACAUUAAAUCUGAGGCAAAUACUGUGCCCGAUGGAGAUUCCAGCCACCCGAGCUCCUUGAAUACCAAAUCUGAUUCCAAAAAUAUCCAUCUAUCUUCUCCCACAGCCAUUGCCAAUACCGUGGCAUCUACUGAUGAUUACAUGACCAAACCUUUGAACUCAGACCCAUCUAUUUUCCAUUCUGCUGGUCUUCCCCCCCGCCCACCUCCCCAAGAUAAACCCUCCAUCAACCUAAACUACACUACCACUGAUAAUAUCCAGCCCUUUCAUCCCUUGCCCACUCAGCCCGAAAGCGGGGCUACCACACAGUAUGGUCAAAGUAAUUAUCUCCAAUCUAGUGGGCUGCCUGCCCUUGUUGUACCACCUGCUGCACCUGGGACCUCAUCUUCAUUGAACGGAUUGCCUCCCCCUUCCAUUCCCACUUUUCAACAUCAAUUCCCCCCUUCAUCUAGUGCACAAACAAAACCCGGUAUUCAAAAAUUUCAACGAGGUGAGAGACUGGGUGAUGAGGGGUUGAAGUUUCUGCGCGGUGAUGGUGAUAGAGAGGAGCCGUGGGGCCCUGAUGUUCAGAAGAAGUAUGACGAGUUUCUUCAUUAUGAAAGGGUUUAUGUUACUGAGGGGAUGUGGGAUCGGUUUCCGCCGGGGUCAAGACUGUUUGUCGGUAAUCUCCCAACAGAGAGAGUCACCAAGCGGGAUCUUUUUCAUCUCUUUCAUAAAUAUGGUGACCUUGCACAGAUCUCUAUAAAGCAGGCAUACGGGUUUGUCCAAUUCGUGGAACCUUCUGCGUGUCGCAAGGCUUUAGAAGCUGAACAGGGGGGAUUGAUAAGAGGACGGAAGAUUCACCUCGAAAUCUCGAAACCCCAAAAGCCCACGAGACAUGCGCCUGCCACUGAUUCAUCGAGGCCCCAAGCUACAAAAAGAUCCAGAUCGCCUGACCAUCCCCGGGGUGUGCCAAGUCUCCGCGGCAAACGUCCAAGUAGCCCCCAUCGAUACGAUAGGGCGUCGGAAUCCAGGAAACCACCGCCAUUUAGGGAGUUCAGAGGCCAUGAUGACCAGUAUCGCCGUCGUGACGACUACCGUCCAAAUCGCACACCAUCACCACAUGGCCAUCGUCGAGAUGAAUAUCACUUUCGCAACAGAACACCAGAAAAAUAUGACCGACGCCGCGAUAGGCACCGCUCUAGAUCUCCUUACGUCCGCCCAGGGCGAUACAGAAGCCCAAGUCCGAGGCAAAGAAGCUAUGAGAACGAUUCAGAUCUUCCCAUACCAAGGCGGUCCUUGCGCCAAGUGCCAGAUGUCCAGAUUAUUGUCUUGGAGAAUGUCGAUAGGGAAUUCAUAUAUCAUAUCGAGAGUUCGUUCCAAGACCGAGGUUUGCGAACGGAUGUGCUCAUUCUCAGUCCCCGGAUAUCACUUGCUGCUGUUGUUCGUCGUCAGAUCAUCGAGGGCGUCUUAGCGAUCAUCAAGCUAUCUCGCACAAAUCAGUAUUCUGGGAAAAUCCCAUUGCAAGUGUUCGAUCGCAGCGGUGGAAGCGAUAAUGUUAAGUUUAAUGAAUACUCAGAAGUCGAACCGAACAUUGCCGCAGAUGUGGUUCUCCAAGCCCAAACCAUUUUUGUUGCGAACACGUCCAAACACCCUUCGACUCAGGUACCACCAGUAAUCUCCCAACUACUACCAAACCCCACUCGAUAUCAACCGCCACAGCCACCCUUAGGCACAAGCAGCAACAUUACAAGCCUCAUCUCGAAUCUAGAUGGCCCCGCCCUUCAAUCUCUCCUUGUCGCACUGCAGCAGAACCCCGCUGCACUCCAGGUGGCUCAGCAGCAAUACGCUCCACAAAGAAGCCCAACCGGCCUGGCUAACAUCCUGAGUAAUCUCUCUCACCAACAAAACCCGUCUGCUCCUCCCAAAAACACGCCACGCCACGCUUCCCAGCCUACAUGUAGUCUUCCACAGUCACAGCUACGGCCUGGUGCAGGAAGUGACACAACCUUGGCAUCACUUUUGGCACAAACUAUAGGAGGACAGGAAGCAAGUCAACUGCCUCAGCCCCCACCACCGUCGAAAUCGCAGGCGCCGGCAAUGGCACCAUUCGGGCCACAGAUGGCUCCACAUGUUCAGAACAUCAUGGAUCAGUUGAUGAAGUGGAAGCAAUAA